UCCAAGUGGGGGUAUUCUUCUCUAUUUCACGGUAGCCGGUGCGCUAGAGUCAUUCACUAUAGAAACCACAAUGUUCUCCACCAUUUUAAACAGUGUGUAUCUGUGGCAGUGUGGAUGGCGGGGUCGGGUCGUGAUUCCACACACCCGGCCCCUAAUAAGGCUGAUUAAGCCCGAGAGGGAUAAGGCCGACCGGAGACGGCAGUGCGACAGAGAGAGUUACGGACAGCUGUCCGACACCUGUGUGUGUAUUUGUCUUUUUUGGUUUAAGUUUAUUAUUAAAAUAUUAUUUAUAUUGUCAAGCUGGUUCUCACCUCCUCCUUUCCCUUUUACAUGUUACACUGGUGCCGAAAUCCAGGAAGGAGGAGGGAUGCGCUGUAGUAGAGUCCUCGCCACUACCAUCCACCCCAACGGAGCAGCCGCGGCCAUCCGCCGGGGGAUGGAGGAGCCUGGCCGCCUGAGAGCGGAGGAAUGGCCGCCGACCGCGAGGGGAGGAGCGGGAGGACCGCUGCCAGGGGCGGGGGAGACCCUUUCCGUCCACCGAAAAUGUGGCGGGGCGUUCCGUCCGCCAGGGGCUGGAGGACUACCUCCAUUCCGCCCAGUGAGGCAUGGCUGUCGUCCACUAGAGGGUGGAGGAGUGGCCGAGGACCAGGCUACGGCGUAUCGGAGAACCGGCGAGUAGACAGGGAUGACCUGCCAGCAGAUGGGGCUCCCCGGCCUGAGAGAACGAGGGAGGAUUGUGGCAGGGCGGAGGGUGGGGCUGGGUUGUGAUUCCACACACCCGGCCCCUAAUAAGGCUGAUUAAGCCCGAGAGGGAUAAGGACGACCGGAGACGGCAGUGCGACAGAGAGAGAGUUACGGACAGCUGUCUGACACCUGUGUGUGUAUUUGUCUUUUUU